CUUGUUUCUCACAAUUCCUUCAUCUUCCAUCUUCCAUGCGCCUCUCUCAUCUCGGUCUUGAUGUUUGCAAAUUGGUUUCAACUUCCAAUUUCAACAUUUAAAGGAUGGAUUGCAAUGAUCAAUCUUUGGAAAGUCAUUCUAUAGGUUUCACACAAUCUAGCCGUGCAAAAACUGAUCCUGCAUGGAAACACUUUUCUUCAACUCAUGAUAUUGAUGGUAAAGCUCGUUUCACAUGUCUUUAUUACAACAAUAGCUUUAAAGGUGGUGGAAUUAAGAGAAUGAAGUAUCGUCUUGCUAGAAUUAAAUGUCAAACAUCUCAAUGUAAGAAAGUUCCUUUUUGAUGUUCGAUUUAAAUUUCAAGGAAUUCUUAGGGAUUUAUCUAAAAAGAAACUAGAUGCUAAAGAGGCUCAUGAUUGUACGUUUAAGGACAAUUAUAUAGAUUUAGAAAUCGGAGGAGAGGAAAUAGAAGAGGAUAUUCAAGAAAUGAAUAUAUCAUUAGAAAAACAACGACAAGAAAAAGGGAAGAGGAAAGCAAGUGAAGGUAUUGAAACGUAUUUUUCUCCGAGGACUACUCCUGGAUCUCAGCCUAGUUUGAGGAGUACUUUAGCUGGUAAACAAGCAAUAAAGAGAGCUCAUAUAUCUUGGGCUAGGUGGUUUUAUGAUGCUUGCAUUCCAUUUAAUACUUUGCAAUCAACUUAUUUUCAACUUGCUUUAGAUGCCAUUGCUACAAUUGGUCCAAGAAUUAAAGGUCCAUCUUAUAAUGACAUUCGUGUUAAUUUGUUAAGAGAUUGCAAGAAAGAAUGUCAAUUGUUUGUUGACACUUAUCGAAGUCAGUGGAUAAAUAAUGGAUGUACAAUUAUGGCCGAUGGUUGGACCGAUCAAAGACAUAGAACUUUGAUUAAUUUUUUAGUAUAUUGUUCUUCUGGGAUUGUAUUUAUAAAAUCUUAUGAUGCAUUAGAUGUAGCGAAAGAUGCUCAAACAUUGUGUAAUUUGUUUUCUGAGAUAGUUGAAUGGGUUGGACCUCGUAAUGUGGUUCAUAUGGUAAUGAUAGUGCAGCUAACUAUGUGGCAGCAGGGAAAUUAUUGCACGACAAAUAUGAUCGCAUUUUUUGGUUUCAUUGUGCUGCACAUUGUUUGAAUCUUAUUUUAAAAGAUAUUAGUAGUAUGCCUCACGUACGUUCAUUUGCAUUACGUGCUUCGAAAAUUACAAUAUUUGUGUAUAAUCACACAAUUGUUUUUGUCUUGGUUGCGAAAAAUACCUGAAUGGAGGGAAAUCAUACGUCUAGCUGUGACUCGUUUUUCUACAACUUUUAUUACAUUGAAAAGUAUUUAUGAUCACAAACAAUCAUUACAGAGUUUGGCAACAAGUAGACAUUUUACAAUCCAUAGGCUUUCAAAAAGCGCAAAUGGAAGACACGUGAGCUCUAUCAUCUUGGAUAACAAAUUUUGGGAGAAUUGCUUGAUGGUUGUGAAAAUUGUGGCUCCUAUUAUAAGAUUGUUACGAAUUGUAGAUUCAGAUGAAAAACAUUCAUUAGGUUAUGUAUAUGAUGGCAUGCAUAGAGCAUGAAAAGGAAUCAAGAAUAUAUUCUUAAAUAAGAAGAGAUUGUACAAACCUCACACUGAUAUAAUUAAGGAGCGAUAGGAUAAACAUCUUCUCCUUAACAUACAUGCAGCGGCUUAUUUUUUCAAUCCUGCUUUCAUGU